GAUACAAUCAUUUUGCACGCCGGACCAACAUUCCCUUACCUCCCCAACAUUUUCCCUGUCACCGCGACCAAAAUCCUGUGCUACUAUCACCCCCAGAGCCCCCCCACCCUCUCCCCAGGCCAAUCUCUCUCUCUCUUUCACUCAUGGCCGCGGCGGAGAGCCUCCUCAAAUCUGGCGAGGUCUCCGCCAUGAUCCGCCACGGCUUCAUCACUUUCCCCAACUCCUCCCCCUCCGCCGCAGCCACCGCCGCUCGGCUCUCCCCUAAAUUUACCACCCUCUCCUCCUCUCCUUCCUCCGCUGCCGCCACUUACCCUUCCCCUCCUCCACCUACCUUUCCCUCACCCAAGCCGUCCACCCUCUUCGAGAUGAUCUCCCAGGAGAACCUCUCCCGCCGUGGGCCACCGCUGCUGCCCUCCUCUGACGACCAGAAACGCCGCCGGCUGGAGGAGAGGAUCUCCGAGAUUCUCUCCACGGAGGGCCCGAGCUGGGGCCCCGGGGACGUGGAGCUCUCCGUGAGCUCCGGCGACGGUUUCCGGUUCUCCAUGGCUGUGCACCGCCAGGUGCUCGCCCGCCGGAGCCGGUUCUUCGCGGAGAAGUGCGGAAUCGGCGGGGCCCUCGGGUUCCCCCUGGUGGUGGAGAUCUGCGAAUGCGAUGACGUCGAGGUCUAUGUGAAGGUGGUGGGGAUGAUGUACUGCCGGGAUCUCAGACGGAGGCUCGCCGGAGAGGAGGUCGGCGACGUUCUUGGAUUGCUCAAGGUUUCGAUGGAUAUUAUGUUUGAUGCGGGCGUCAGAGCAUGCGUGGAUUAUUUGGAAGUCGUUCCUUGGUCUGAAAAUGAUGAGGAGAAGGUGAUUUCUGUUCUCAGCCAGUUUCAGCUCCCUGAGCCACUGAACAGGGUUCUGCAGAGAGUUUCAGUGGAACCAUCUACUUCUUCAGGUGCUGAUGCCAUCUUCUUCCGGGUUAUGGCUGGUGUCCUGCAAGCCAAGGACCAGAAAGCUCGGCGAGAAAUAAAAGCCUUAUUAUCUGGAUUGCUUAGGGAGGACAGAGAUCAGAGCAAGAACCAUAGCAACAAGAUCGAUAUCUCAAGGGAAAACCUUUACCACUUCUGCUGGAAAUGUCUCAACUCUCUUUAUCUGUGUUUGUCUGCGGCGGCAAAUGUUGAUGAAGGGCAACGGGACCGGAGGGCUAUAAUGGGCGAGGUAGCUCGAGAAGCUGACAACAUUCAAUGGCUUGUUGAGAUUCUGAUAAACAAGACUAUGUGCGAAGAGUUUGUUACUCUGUGGGCUGACCAGUCAGAGCUUGCUAAUUGUCACUCCAAGAUUCCAUGUAUGUAUAGAUAUGAGAUUAGUGGGAUCACUGCUCUGCUGUGCAUUGCAAUUGGCAAAGGGCAAAUCUUGGUAUCCAAGGAUGCAAGAAUUUCUCUGUUGCAGACUUGGUUGGAAGCUCUCUAUGAAGACUUUGGUUGGAUGAAGAGUGCUUGCUGGAUUUUUGAUAAAAAGAUGGUGGAGGAUGGGCUUUGUCAGAUUAUUCUAACGUUGCCAAUGGCACAGCAACAAACAAUCUUGUUGAGGUGGUUUGAUUACUUUCUGAAUAAAGGGGAUGAUUGUCCAAACAUACAGAGAGCGUUUGAGGUCUGGUGGAGGAGAACAUGUAGGCAGUAUGCAGGAAAUCAGGAUCGCUCAGGUUUGCAGAUUGUUGUGUGUGAUAAACCCACAUGA